AUGGCAGCGGUGAACAGAGGGGCCAUAGAUAUGGACAUAAUCAAGCUUAAAUACAUCUUCAUCUUGGUGGUCACCGGCAUACAGUGCCUCACUGGCGUCCUUGGGAAUGGCUUCAUCACGGCCAUCUACGGGGCUGAGUGGCUCAGGAGCAGAAGACUCCCCACGGGUGACAGCAUUCUGUUGAAGCUGAGCUUUUUCAGGCUUUUGCUACAAAUUUGGAUGAUGCUGGAGAAUAUUUACAGUCUACUAUUCCCAGGCAUUUAUAACCAAAACACGGUGUAUGUACUCUUCAAAGUGACCACCGUGUUUCUGAACUUUUCCAACCUGUGGUUCGCGGCCUGGCUCAACGUCUUCUACUGUUUGAGAAUUGCCAACUUCACUCACCACCUGUUCUUCACCAUGAAGAGGAAAAUCAAAGCGCUGAUGCCUUGGCUCGUGAGGCUGUCAGUGCUGUUUUCCUUAUGCUCCAGCAUUCCCUUCUCUAAACACGUCUUCAAGGUGUGCAUGAAUAAUUCCUUUCCUAUCCCCUUCUCCAACCUCACUGGGAAGAAAUACUUCUCUCAGACCAACGUGGUCAACCUGGCUUUUUUCUAUUACCUGGGGAUCUUCAUUCCUCUGAUCAUGUUCAUCCUGGCAGCCACUCUGCUGAUCAUCUCUCUCAAGAGACACACCCUACACAUGGAAAGCAACGCCUCUGGCUCCAGGGACCCCAGCAUGGAGGCUCACAUGGGGGCCAUCAGAGCUACCAGCUACUUUCUCAUUUUCUACAUUUUCAAUGCAGUUGCUUUGUUUCUGUCCAUGCUCAACAUCUUUGAUUCUGCUAGUUUCUGGAAUACUCUGUGCAAAAUCAUUAUGGCUGCCUACCCUGCUGGCCACUCGGUGCAACUGAUCUGGGGAAACCCUGGGCUGAGAAGAUCCUGGAAGCAGUUUCAGCACCAAGUUCGUCUUUAUGUAAAAAAGCAGCAUCUGUGA